AUGGCUAGCCAACUGAUGGGCGAGGCCUUCCACGCUCUGCUACGGCGAGCGUCGGAAGAUACUGACCCCGAUGAUACCCCCGAAGCGGGCUCGAAGGAGAUGACCAGCUCCUGGGCGCUGUUUAUUAUGAUCAUGCUGUUGAUGUUUGCCCUGUUCACGAGCUAUAUCCUGCAGCAAAGGAAGAUCCAAGCUGUGCAUGAGACCGUGUUGUCGAUUUUCGCAGGGAUGUUCGUUGGGCUUAUCAUCCGAGUCUCCUCCGAAUCUACCCUCCAAGACAGCGUCGCCUUCGACUACCAAUUCUUUUUCAACCUCCUCCUACCACCGAUCAUCCUCGCCUCCGGCUACGAGCUUCAUCAAGCAAACUUCUUCCGUCACAUCGGCACAAUUCUUACCUUUGCCUUCGCUGGCACUUUCAUCUCGGCCAUUGUACUCGGCCUGGUUCUGUAUCUCUGGACGCGGAUCCCGCUGAGCGGGCUCAACAUUUCUUUCGUCGAGGCGCUUUCCGUCGGUGCUACACUCUCAGCUACCGACCCAGUCACUAUCUUGGCUAUUUUCAAUCUCUACAAGGUCGAACCAAAGCUAUAUACCAUCAUCUUUGGCGAGUCGAUCCUGAACGAUGCUAUUGCUAUUGUUCUGUUCGAGACGGCGCAGAAAUAUGCUGAGAAUGAUGCUGGGUCUUUGACUUUCCUUCAUCUUUUUGAAGCUACCGGGCUUUUCUUGCUCGUGUUCUUUGGUAGUAUGUUGAUUGGUAUUGUGGUUGGCAUUGCUACGGCGCUGGGUCUGAAAUACACUUUGGUUCGGCGCAUGCCUAAGAUUGAGAGUUGUUUAAUUAUUCUCAUUUCUUACGCCUGUUAUUUCUUCUCCAAUGGCGUCGGUCUUUCUGGUAUUGUGUCUCUGCUUUUCUGCGGAAUCACUCUCAAGCAUUAUGCUUACUACAACAUGUCCCGCCGUACUCAGUUGACUACUAAGUACCUCUUCCAAGUAAUGGCACAACUGUCGGAGAACUUCAUCUUCAUCUACUUGGGUCUGGACCUGUUCGUCGAGUCGAACGUCAAGUUCAAUCCGCUCUUCAUCCUUGUAGCGGUCUUUGGCAUCUGCCUUGCCCGCUACCUGGCCGUGUUCCCGCUCUCCAAGGCCAUUAAUUGGUUCAUCCGCUACAAAGCUCGGCGUCGUGGCGUCGAGGUCGCAGAUGAACUUCCUUUCGCCUACCAAGCGAUGCUCUUUUGGGCCGGACUGCGUGGUGCCGUCGGUGUCGCACUGGCUUCCGGCCUCUCAGGACCAAACUCACCGACACUGCGUGCUACAGUCCUGGUUGUGGUCGUGCUGACCGUCAUCGUCUUCGGAGGCACCACAGCUCGCAUGUUGGAGAUUCUGGGUAUUCGGACUGGUGUUGUGGAGGAAAUAGACUCUGACGACGAGUUCGACAUCGAGGUUACCAACGGCGGUACCUAUUACAAGCGCUCUGGCACUGCUCUAGGCUACACUCCACGCCGCGGAGAUCCAACCAUCCCUCUCGAUGGCCUUAGCCACCAUUCUCCCCAGCGAGGUGGCAUCGGCGAGCGCACAGAUAGCUACUCCUCUGGAAACAGCCGGCGCCCCAGCCCACGCAACGGCCACACCCGAAUGUACUCGGCAGCCUAUAACCCCAAGGAUGCGGCAUCGCGACGCGAUCGCUCCUCAACGGCAACCCUCCUCAACGGUGGCUCCGCUGGCCCCAGUGCUGGCAGCAUCGACAGUGACGACGAAUUUGGCCUUCCACCCUCAGGAAAGAGCCGCGCAAGUCCAGUCGCCCACCCGGACGAGUUUGAUCUCGACCUGGAAAGCAUCUCGGACGACGAUCUCCCCCCAGCAGCCGGCGGCCACCGCCUUCGUCGCUCCGCGUCACACCCAUCCCCGGGGACACACACCCCCUCACCUAACCCAGCAUCCGUGAGCGCCUCGCCUGCCCACCGCGAAGCGUCCGGCCUCAGUGCCCGCGAAGCACUACGGGAUCUGUUUUCUGGUGGAGCAAGUGGUGACCACGCGGCAUGGUUCCGUCAGAUCGACGAAGACUAUAUCAAGCCGAAGCUACUGCUUGAUCAGUCGAAUCAUAAGGGCCCCGGGCCUGGGGCGGUCUGA